CAUUGAUGUAUCAACAUCCCUACAGCCAAUUGUAUAAUAUAAUUCGGAUUUAUUUAAAAACAGAAAAAGAGCGAACGGACAACGACACCAGAAUGACACUACAAAUCUUGAGGCGUCUGACCAACACGCUGCCAGUGGCGACAAUCACGGCUAGUACCAGUGCCACCACCUGCCAGCAGCAAUUGCUUCACACAACGCCGGCCUGCUGUGAGAUCCGGAAGCUGGCCCGACUCCGGGUGGUGGACAACAGUGAACUGGGCAAGCGUGCAAUGGCGGAGGGUCGCCCGCCGCGCUGCAUCCAUGUGUACAAUAAGCGCGGCGUCGGUUACAUUGGUGACAAAGUGCUGGUGGCCAUCAAGGGCCAGAUGAAGAAGGGCAUACUGGUGGGUCUCAAGCAGAACCAGAAGCCCAAGCAGCCAAAAUUCGACAGCAAUAACCUAGUUCUGAUCGACGACAAUGGUACACCGCUGGGCACACGCAUCCAUGUACCGAUACCCACCAUCUUGCGGACGAUACUCAAGGAGAAGACACUGGCCAAGGGUGCCGACUACACCAAGGUGCUGGCCAUCGCCAGUCGCUAUGUUUAGUCCUUAUUGUUGUCCCCGUCCCCAGACUGUGAAAUGAAUAAACAGCUUUGUUAUAGUAUA